GCAUGAACGCGCACGCGCACGCGCCGCGCGCCCACGCUUACCAGCUGUUCAACAGGAGCGUCCGGUCGGUGUUUGUGUUUUGCGUUUCGCGUCCGCGAAAAGUUGGACGGCGAGAUCGCGGACGCGCGAUAUCUGUCACGGACGAGAACCGAGCGGACGGAUCUCGCGACGAUCGCGAACUGUUCCGGGUCACGAAAACAUGGCUGGUAUCAUGCCGCUCUCCGGCAGAUCCGGCCGAAAACAGUGGACGCUGCACGAUGGACCUAAAGGUUCUCUUAGACGGUUACGUUCUCGAUUGGCAGAAGAUGGCUGUCCAGAAUCUCAAGUAAUAUUAGCUAAACAAUUAUUGGAAGAACGAUGUGAUCUUGACGUUGAUAAAGAAGAAAAUGCCAAAUUGGGUGUUUAUUGGUUGACAAAAGCCUCGGAGCAGGGAAAUCUAGAAGCAACUGACAUUCUUAGAAAAUGUUUAGCUACAGGCCAUGGUAUUACGGAGCAUAAUUAUUAUGAUGUGAAAAGUUGUCUGGAUAUGACGCAAGAUGAAAAGUUGGCUAGAAGAGCAGCAAGAGAGAUGUUUACAAGCUUAGCAAACGGCGAGGAUUUUAUUACAACAGAACAACUGCAAAGACGUAUGAGAAGUUUAUCGUCCCCAUCGACCAGUAAUCACGAUUCUUCUCAAUCGAAUAAUUCUUCUAAUAACUUGUCGCAAAAGAAAUUGAAUGACGAUGAUAACGAUUGCUUCCUCAGAAACGGGCUUCCUGACGAUUCUCCAGCUUCAAAAGACGAAGAUCGAGCAAACGACAUUCAGAAUCGGACGGAUCAUCAAGGUGAAAAGAUCACAGAGGCUGCUUUGGUGUCCGCGGCUGCGAGUUAUGCACGUGGAAUGCUUCCAAUAGUAUCACACGCUCUCUCCGUGGUGGAUCCUUCCGAAUUGGAACUGGAUACAAUACCGUUGCUGCAGAGAUCAUUCGUCCAUCCACUUGCAUCGUUAAAGCGUUUCUAUAGUUGGCUGAUCGAGACUCUGGGUCAUAGAGGAACGUCGAUCAGAAAUAUCUUAUUCACAUCGAACUUACACAUUUUUUUAUUAUUCUUAUUAUACUCUUUAUUCGGUACAGAGAGCCUAAUACUUUUUAUACCGAUGGCUCUCUACUAUCUAUCGUUCAUAGUCAUGGUAGUAGCCACAUUUCAAAUGCUUCAACGGAAACGCGAGUUCAACGACUUCCGUGUGUGGUCCGGCCUUUUUCUGAGUUAUUCGGGCGGAAAUCUGAAUCCUGAGGAAGCAGAGUAUCAAUUUUGCCGCAACAAUCUGAAACCUCACGGACACUUCUUUCUCGCAUUGCUCUUGAACCUGAUACUCUAUCCUUUGAUAGCUCAUCAGUGGACUCCGCAAUCCGAAUUCACCGUAAUAGCGGUCGCGUUGACUCUCAUUACGCUCUCUAAUUUCAUGUGGAAGGACUCUUCGCGGUUUCCCGACUUCCUAGCUCUGUUCAGUUUCGGCGUACACGUUCUUGCGAAGUAUCCUUACGAGACGGAUAUGGUUGUGGCGCAAAGUUGGAGAUUCUUGGACGUCAGAGUGCCGACAUUUGCGUCUUAUGUUGUCGGCAACGGUAUAGAGUUCUGUCUCAACUUCCGCGCUGUGUUUUAUCUUCUGAUACCAGCGGUCUUCGCGAAAAUGGCUGCAAGAGAUGGUUGGCGAGGCACGUAUCGAACUCUGAUACCUCACUGCGUUACUCUGAGCUGGUGGCAAAUAGCAAUCUUCAGUUCUCAAGGCGCGACAUGGUACGGCUUGAUCAGAGGUGCCCUUGCGCUAGUCGGCAUGGUCCUCUUUCUUCCAAUAGCCGGUAUAGCUUCCGUCAUAUUACCAAUCAUAGCCAUUGCAAAGUAUUUAUCGGAAAAUGAUCUGGCAAUGAGAAUAGCGGUGACCACUGUACUCGGAGGAAUGCCAUUUUUGGCUUCAUGGUAUCUGAGAAGAACCAGAGCAUCAAGAUUUAAUUGGAUUAUUACGCUCAUUCAAAUUGUGCUUGGUAUUGGUGCUGCGACAUUUUUAUCAUGGCCAAUGCUAUUGGAAUAUAAGCAGGAUUCAGAAGUAUCGUACGAAAUCGCUUCUAGCUUAACAUGGGAUCAGUAUCGAAACUACUGUCAUCAACCUGCAUGGGAAGAAUUGUCGUCGAAAGCUCAAGUGCAAGCGCAAUGCGCCCAGUUGGAAGGCGUACCUGUUUCGUGGGAAGGUUACGUGACGAAUGUUAGAUUAAAAUCGAUGAAGAACAAUAUCGCAAUCAUAUUAAACAAAUUGCCUGAUAAUAUUAGAUCUAUAAUUAAUUGUAUGUACGGGGAAGCGUACGUGGAAAAUUGUAAUUCGGGCGACGAUACUCGUAAAAAGAAUUGCAAGCAUGUCACGAGCAUUCAGAGACGAAGGAAUAAAUGUCACGUGCCGUCUUGGAAUCGAUACGAAUUCGAGAUCUUCGUGAAGAUGAAAAACGGCGUUUGGGGAAGUACAACGGAGAUACGUCUUAUCGCGGAUCAUUCUUUUACAAAUUUUAGUUUGAACAUAUAUCCGGGCGACAAAAUUUGGUUUUCUGGUGUGCUUUUGAAUAAUGGCUUAGAAAGAGAAUCUCUUCUCGGUGGCGCCGAACCACAUAUCGAUUUAGAAGAGGCAGGAUGUCUCGCGUGCAACUCACUUGAUCUAGAAACAUCUUACAAACGUUAUAGGUAUCGGAUAAGCUUAAGUUCUAUUAUCAGAGAUGUUUUACUCAGUGUAAAGACAGUAUUAAAUUUUCUCUUAAAUCCAAUUGUAAUGUUCAAGUGAUCACAUGAUUACUUUGUUUGAUUACAUGAUUGAAUUCUUUGAAAACUUUCUUAAUUUAUAUUUAGCAUGUCUAUACUAUUCUAAUAUUUCUAAAUAU